AGUCUUUCGUCGGCCUUCAAUCGCGCAGCUUAGUUCAACGGGCAAACGUGACGCAUUUGCCGCAUGCGGGCCAAAACCUAACGAAAACCAAAAAAAAAAAUUCAAAUUCAUUUUUUUGCUGUCGCUCGAUUCUUCAGAGAAUUGCAACAUAUCGCCAGCAACUCGCUCAGAAUCGGCAGUUCUUGCUAAACUUUUGGGCAACACGUGUUGCGGCCAAUGAGACAAUUAUACUUGCCCUCUCUCUCUCUCUCUUAAUUGCGUCCGCCUCCGGCGGGGUACAAAGUACACGUCACCGUCACAGCUGGCCCAAGCGUUAAUUGGCGAGCGGGAAUCCGACGAAGAAAGCAGAGAAACCGAACCGCAGAGCACCAGAGCGGAGAGUAGCGAAACCUUUUAGUGAUUGACGAGCUGCGCUAGAGGCCAGUCGAGAGUCGGACAACUGAGCAAUGGGCUACGAUGAGGUUAUCGUUCAGCUGGGCGACUUUGGUCGCUACCAGAAGAUCAUCUAUGUGCUCAUCUGUCUGACCUCCAUACCGGUGGCAUUUCACAAGCUCGCCGGGGUGUUUCUGCUCGCCAAGCCGGAGUUCCGGUGCGCGCUGCCCACGGAUCUGGAGGGGGCCAGGUACGAGCUGCCGGCGCAGCUGCAGCAGCUCGCAUACCCGGAGAAGGACAGCUGCGCCUACUACGAGGUGGCCUACACCAAUGGCAGCUACCAUCGGCUGAGCAACAGCAGCCAGAGCUGCACUCGCUACAUCUACGACCAGAGCAAGUACCUGAACAGCGCCGUCACCGAGUUCAACCUGGUGUGCGGACGUGGCUUUCUCGCGGCCAGCAGCGAUUCCAUGUUCAUGCUGGGCGUGCUGCUGGGCAGCAUCAUCUUUGGCCAGCUGAGCGACAAGCACGGGCGCAAGCCCAUCUUCUUUGCCUCGCUGGUCAUCCAGGUGAUCUUUGGCGUGGUGGCAGCCCUGGCGCCGGAAUACUUCACCUAUACGCUGGCCCGCCUCAUCGUGGGCAGCACCACAUCCGGCGUCUUCCUGGUGGCCUACGUCAUCGCCAUGGAAAUGGUGGGCCCCACCAAGCGCCUGUACGCCGGCAUCUUUGUGAUGAUGUUCUUCUCCAUGGGCUACAUGCUGACGGCGGUGUUCGCCUACUUCAUCCACGACUGGCGCUGGCUGCAGAUCGGCCUGACCCUGCCCGGGCUGGUGUUCAUGUGCUACCAUUGGAUCAUACCGGAGUCCGUGCGCUGGCUGCUGUCCAAGGGCCGCAACGAGGAGGCCAUGCAGAUCAUACAGAAGGCGGCGCGCUUCAAUCGGGUGAACAUCACGAAGGAGACUUUGGUCGCUCUGCUGGACGAGGGCGUCAGCUGCAAGCAGGAGGUGAAGGAGGAGGCGGCCAGGCCGCCCUCGGUCUGGGAUCUGCUGCACUAUCCCAACUUGCGCCGCAAGACGCUCGUCAUCUUCUUCGACUGGCUGGUCUGCACGGGCGUCUACUACGGCCUCUCCUGGAGCACCAACAACCUGGGCGGCAAUGUCCUGCUCAACUUUCUAAUCUCUGGCGCCGUGGAGAUACCCGCCUACUGCUUCCUGCUGUUGACCCUGAACCGGUGGGGCCGUCGCUCCAUACUCUGCGGCUGCAUGCUGGUCGCCGGCGUCAGCCUGCUGAUGACCAUCAUCGUGCCCCAGCAGAUGCACUGGCUCAUCGUCACGUGCGCCAUGGUGGGCAAGCUGGCCAUCACGGGCUCCUACGGCACCAUCUAUCUCUUCUCCAGCGAGCAAUUCCCCACGGUGGUGCGCACGGUGGGCAUGGGCGCCGCCUCCAUGGUCUCUCGGCUGACUGGCAUGCUGGCGCCCUAUCUGAAUGCCCUGGCCACCAUUUGGCCGCCGCUUCCCCUCGUCAUCUACGGCGCCCUCUCGCUGGCCGCCGGCUUCAUGUCGCUGAUGCUGCCGGAGACGCACAACAAGCCGACGCUGGAGACGAUCGCGGAUGGCGAACGAUUCGGUAAGAAGGAGCCCACGGAUGCCUACUUGGAAGCGGGCAAGGAGCUGGAGGCACAGCCCCUAAAUGCGGCCACGCUCAAUGGCAACGGGCUCAAACACUGAGCGAAUCAAGUAGCCGAAGACUUCGGCCCACGCCGAAGAUGAAAUGCCCUUGUAGACAAUAUCUAUACGGAUUUCAGUCUCUAGAGAGA